GUGCUGUGUGGAAAGUGUGGAAAUGGACUGGGUCACGAGUUUGUAAACGACGGUCCAGCUAAAGGUGUGUCUCGCUUCUGAAUAUUCAGCAGCUCACUGAAGUUUGUCCCUAAAGAUGAGGUUGACGGACAGUAAAGUGAGCUGAUAAAUAGGAGGAUCAGACGUUUGUCUUUGCUGAUGAAGGUGCGGGCAGUGAAUGAUGGAUUCUGGGACAAAGUCCUUUCAGGGAACACCAGGACUCUGAUGAACAGUGACCUCACCGGACAGCAAGGAAACAACUUGAACUAUGCAGUCACCGCAGACACAACAACUAGACCCACUUAUUAAACCCCACCAUUCCUGCCUUAUUAGUUUUACAGUGAUCAACACUAUGACACAAGAAUCAAUUUGAAUUAUUUUAAAAC